AUGAACUGUGUUUCGAACAAAAAUCUCGUCAAACUCCUAGGAAUGUAUGCUGAUUUACCUGAACUGAAACUGCGUAAUAAAGAAAGUGAAAACGAAAGUGAUUCAGAGGGUGUGGAUGGUGAGGAUAAAAAAGAAGUAGAUGAUAAUGUUCGAGAUGAAACGAAGCUAAGAAACAAUUCUGGUGCCACAGUUACUGAUCCUACUCUUGUUGAUUUAAUCCGUAGAAAAGUAAGGUUAAAUCAACCUUAUGCUGGAGUUUUCAUGAAAAAAUUUGAAAGUGAGACAGAUGUGGUUGAAAAAUUAGAUGACAUAUAUAAUGUAGGAACAUUUGUGCAAAUUCAUGAGCUUCAGGAUUUGGGAAGUAGUUUAAGAAUGGUUGUUAUGGCGUAUAGACGAAUCAAAAUUGUGAAACAAAUUUUAGAAGAUGCAGAGGCAGAUUCUCAUAGGAGACGACGUCGAAAAAAUCGAAGGCAAAAUAAUGGUUCUUCAGCUGAUUCUGUUGAUUCACAUCAGCCUGAUAUUCAACUUGUAACAAAUACUCCAGUUUUAAUGGUUGAAGUUGAAAAUCUUGGUCAUGAACCAUAUGAAGUAACUGAAGAAAUAAAGGCUCUGACUCAAGAAAUUGUUAAGACAAUAAGAGAAAUCAUUGCUUUGAAUCCCUUAUAUCGAGAAUCUGUUCAGCAGAUGAUUCAAGCAGGUCAACGUGUCAUAGAUAAUCCAGUGUAUUUAUCAGAUUUAGGAGCUGCUUUAACUGGUGCUGAGCCACAUGAAUUACAACAAGUUAUUGAAGAAAUAAAUAUACCUAAAAGAUUGUUACUAGCUCUUUCCUUACUUAAAAAAGAACUAGAAUUAAGCAAACUGCAGCAAAAAAUUGGAAGAGAGGUUGAAGAAAAAGUUAAAUCUAUUCAUAGGAAAUAUAUGCUUCAAGAGCAGUUAAAAGCUAUUAAAAAAGAAUUAGGGCUGGAGAAGGAUGACAAAGAUGCCAUUGAAGAAAAAUUCCGGGAAAGGCUAAAGGAGCUCACUGUCCCUGCAGCAGUUAUGGAAGUUAUAGAUGAAGAACUCAAUAAAUUAUCAUUUCUAGAUAAUCAUUCUUCUGAAUUCAGUGUGACAAGAAAUUACUUGGACUGGUUAACAAGCAUUCCCUGGGGAAAAAGUAGUGAAGAAAAUAUGGAUCUUGAGAGAGCAUCAGAAGUAUUAGAACAUGAUCAUUAUGGCAUGGAAGAUGUAAAGAAGCGGAUAUUGGAAUUUAUUGCUGUUAGUAAACUUAGAGGGAGUGUUCAAGGAAAGAUCCUAUGUUUCCAUGGUCCACCUGGUGUAGGUAAAACUAGUAUAGCAAAAUCUAUUGCCAAAGCCUUGAACAGAAAUUACUAUAGAUUUAGUGUUGGAGGAAUGACAGAUGUAGCUGAAAUCAAAGGCCACAGGAGAACAUACAUAGGAGCUAUGCCAGGAAAGAUUAUACAGUGUUUGAAAAAAACGAAAACUGAAAAUCCUUUAAUAUUAAUAGAUGAGGUUGAUAAAAUAGGUAGAGGAUAUCAAGGAGAUCCUUCCUCUGCUCUACUUGAGGUUUUAGAUCCUGAACAGAAUGCUAAUUUCUUGGAUCAUUAUUUGGAUGUACCUGUUGAUUUGUCGAAGGUAUUAUUUAUAUGUACUGCAAAUGUAACAGAUACUAUUCCUGAACCACUUCGAGACAGAAUGGAAAUGAUUGAAGUUUCAGGUUAUGUUGCCGAAGAAAAAAUUGCUAUAGCUGAGCAAUACUUGAUACCUCAAGCUCGUGAACUGACUGGUGUUACAUCUGACCAAGUUACAAUCUCUACUGAUGCACUCCAAAAACUUAUAAAGUCCUAUUGCAGAGAAAGUGGUGUACGGAACUUGCAAAAACAUAUUGAAAAGAUUUUCCGAAAAACAGCAUACAGCAUUGUAAAGCAAGAAAUUUCCACUGUAGAAGUAAAAGAGGAAAAUUUGCAAGAUUUUGUUGGAAAGCCCGUGUUUACUCAUGAUCGUUUGUAUGAAAUAACUCCUCCCGGUGUAGUUAUGGGUCUUGCUUGGACAGCUAUGGGUGGUUCGACAUUAUACAUAGAAACCACACAAUGUAAACCACUGUCUGAAGAAAAGAAAUUUGAAGGGUCUUUGCAGCUGACUGGACAUUUAGGAGAUGUGAUGAAAGAAAGUGCAAAUAUUGCUUACUCGUUUGCCAAAUCUUUCAUGCUGCAACUACAUCCAGAAAAUGAUUUCUUGCAAAAAGCUCAUUUGCAUCUUCAUGUACCUGAGGGAGCUGUUCCUAAAGAUGGGCCAAGUGCAGGAUGUACAAUGGUUAGUGCUUUGCUAUCUUUAGCAUUAGGAAAGUCCGUGAAACAAAAUACAGCUAUGACUGGUGAAAUCUCUCUCACAGGGAAAGUACUUCCUGUUGGUGGAAUCAAAGAAAAAUCUAUAGCAGCAAAGAGAGUUGGUGUUACCUGCCUUAUUAUGCCAGCAGAAAACAAGAAAGAUUUUGCUGAUUUGCCAAAGUUCAUAACUGAUGGCUUAGAGGUGCAUUUUGCUGAACAUUAUAGUGAUGUGUAUAAAAUUAUGUUUUUAUAAAAAGAUAAGAAUUUUAUAAUGUAACAUAAAUAUUUAUUUUUGUAUUCUAAAUUUCUGAUUGUAUUACUAGUUAUGUAAAAUAUAAUACUUAUUUGAACUGAUAUA